CGAUUUCAUUAUUAAUAAUGGUAUAAGUCAAGUUCAUAGUCUUGUUAGUCUGUGCAUUGACAGUGACCUAAGGUACCUCUUAAAUUUAUGUCAAGCUUUUGAAGCUGAAGGCACACUCUUGUCAAUGUCAUUAAAUGAGAUUAGCAACCUCAAUCUAGGGGAUGUUAAUUGUUAGAACACGUCUUAGCAAUAGUUUGUGUAAUUGGAACAAAAUCUCGAGUCAUGGGCCGACAUCAUUGAUCACAAGGAUGAUAUCUAAAAAGAUAUUAACACUUUAAAACAAUUGGAAGUGAUCUUACUUUAAGUUAAGAAAUAAACAUAAAAGAAGAGUAAAUAAGUAUAUUUUAUGUCUAGAGAUUGCUCCAUAAUAGUUGAAAUAAAUAAAUUAAGUUGUGACAAAGAAAAUAAAGUCAUUAGUUCUUCCAUAAACAGCAAGCAAAAUUGGAUAAGCACACUGCGAUGAAAUUGAAAGAUAAUUAGAGAGAUUAAGCAGUGAUAAUGAAUCAGAAAGAAGUGAAUGUUGUGAUGCUCUUCUUAAAUUGGCUACCUUCCUUAUAAGAUAAUUAUCUAGCAUUAAUUAAUAAUGCCAUUAAAAUCCAGUUACAGUCAUUAAAAUCAAAGGAUAAAUCAAAGAAUUACAUAUUAUAUAAGGAGGAUGUGGAGGAGGACAAACUAUUGAUAUUCCUAUGGGAGGAUCUGAUGAAAAAUGUGAAAAACCAGAAACACCAGUUGAUCCAGCAAAACCAGUUGAUCCAACAAAACCAUCUGAUCCUGAAACUCCAACUGAUGAUCCAGUACCAGAUCCUGGAUAAGAUGAAGGAGAAGUUGAAGAAACAGCUGAAGAAGUUGAAACUGAAGAAGGUGGUGAAACAACACCACCAGGACCAGGUGAAGAAGAGGGUGGUGAAACAACUCCUCCAGGACCAGGUGAAGAAGAAGGUGGUGAAACAACUCCUCCAGGACCAGAAGAAGAAGGCGGUGAAACAACACCUCCAGUACCAGGUGAAGAGGAAGGUGAAACUACACCACCAGUACCAGGUGAAGAAGAAGGUGAAACUACACCACCAGGACCAGAAGAAGAGGGUUAAACACCAGAACCAGAAGAAGGUGAAACUACACCACCUGCUGAGGAAGGAGAAGAACCUGCUGCUGAAGAAGAAGGAGAAACUACAACACCUUCUGCUGAAGAAGAACUUCAUGAACCAGCCGCUGAAGAAGAAGAAGAAUCACUUGGAGGAGGUGAAAGAAAUAAUACUUCAGGACCAGGAGAACUUCCAGAAGAUGAAGGAGAAGAAGAAGGAUCAUCACCAGAAGAAGAAUUUAGUCCUGAAGACGGACCAUAACCAGAGGAGGAAGGAGUUACUGAAGAAGGUACACCAGCAGGAGAAGAAGGCACACCAGCUGGAGAAGAAGGAACACCAGCAGGUGAAGAAGGAACACCAGCAGGUGAAGAAGGAACACCAGGAGAAGAAGGUGUUCCAGCUGGAGAGGAAACUACUCCAGGUGAAGAAGCUGCAGGAGAAGAAGAAGAAGGAUGGGUACCAGGUGAUAUUCCUAAGAAUAAAAAUGGAACUUCUACUAUUCCUGGUAUACCUGAAGAUGGUGAAGAAGGUGGUGAAGAAGGAGGAGAAGAAGGUACUUCUGAACCUGAACCUUAACCUCAAGGAGAGGAAGCUGGAGAGGAAGGAGAAGUAGCUGGAGAAACAGGAGAAGAAGCUGGAGAGUAAGGAGAAGAAGGUACUCCAGAGGUUCCUGAAGGUGAAGAAGCAGAAGUUCCUGAAGGUGAAGAAGCUGCAGGAGAAGAAGAAGAAGGAUGGGUACCAGGUGAUAUUCCUAAGAGCAAAAAUGGAACUUCUACUGUUCCAGGAAUACCUGAAGAUGGUGAAGAAGGUGGUGAAGAAGGAGGAGAAGAUGAUGUAGGAGAAGAAGGUGGAGAAGAAACUCCAGGAGAAGAUACUGAAGAAACUCCAGACUAACCAGAAGAAUAAGAAGAAAAGUAUUUACUAUUUUAAAAUCUAUAGAUGUUAAGAAACUGUUGAAAUUACUGCAACCAAUGCUGCAGAUAUUAUGUGUGCUUUAGGAUAAUAUUUGAGUCAAUUGGCUCAUGGAGGAUCACCUUCUGAUAGUCCUAACGCUAAGAAAGUAUGCUUCUGCUUGAAAUAUGAACCAGGUAUCGAUUAUAUUAUAAUUAUAGACAACGCUGAUCCUUCAUUGCUUCAAUUAACUUAAAAGGUGAGCAAAAAAUAAAGAAAAGAAUAAGAUGGUAUGUUGAAAGCAUUAAUUCCUAACAGGAGAAUCUGAAUAUGAACAAACUUUUUUUAUUUAUUGAUCUAAAUAAAAAAAGUAAACUUGUCGAUCU